CCACACUCUCCCUUUCAGAUCUUCAUCUCCUUCCUCUUCUCUACUCUUCAUCACAGUCCUCAGAAACACAAAACACAACCCAAAAGAGAGAGGGGGAGAAGUAAAUCAAGAUGUCUCUCACUAUUCCCACAAACUUCUCAAAGUCCAUGUUGAAGCCUAAGCUCAGCUCUCCCUUGGUCCUAAAGCCAAGGACCAUGGUCACUGUGUGCUCAGCCACCCCAAACCCAGAGAAAAUAUCCACUGCUUCAGCAAUGCAGACUUUCUCUGCUGCCCUCGCACUCUCCUCCAUCAUCUUGGGCGCAGCUCCUAUCCCAGCCAUGGCUGACAUCGCAGGGCUAACCCCAUGCAAGGACUCCAAGCAGUUCGCCAAGCGCGAGAAGCAGUCGAUCAAGAAGCUCGAGUCAUCAUUGAAGCUGUACGCACCGGACAGCGCACCUGCCUUGGCCAUCAAUGCAACCAUAGAGAAGACCAAGAGAAGGUUUGACAACUACGGCAAGCAGGGUUUACUCUGUGGGGCUGAUGGUCUCCCUCAUUUGAUUGUGAGCGGUGACCAGAGGCACUGGGGUGAGUUCAUCACCCCCGGGAUUCUGUUCCUUUACAUUGCUGGGUGGAUCGGGUGGGUUGGAAGGAGCUACUUGAUUGCCAUUAGGGAUGACAAGAAGCCAACACAGAAGGAGAUCAUCAUUGAUGUGCCUUUGGCUACUGGCUUGGUUUUCAGAGGCUUCAGUUGGCCCAUUGCUGCUUACAGAGAGUUGUUGAACGGUGAACUCAUUGCCAAGGACGUGUAAACUUAGCUUUUCAGGUCAUUUUGGGUUUUUAUUUGUUUCAAUUUCUUGUAUAAUAUGUAAAACUUACAUGGAUUAUGUGUAUGAAAUGCUUGUGUUCGAAACUGAUCUAUCCAACUUUGACAUUUCUACCUUUAAUUUGUUU